AUGUGUCGGGGUUUGCUUAACUUGAGCCAAAAUGAGUUUGCUUGUAAAAUCCCAGAGACUUUUAUCGACUUGAAAAACUUAGAGUUUUUGGAUUUAAGCUUCAACUGUUUUGGUAACUUUGGUGUCCCUUUGUUGUUAGGAGAAUUUCACAAAAUGAAGGAAGUUCAUUUAAGUGGGAACUCGCUCUUUGGUCAGAUUCCAGAAAUAUGGGAAAAACUUAGUGGUGUUGAAAAAAUAGAAUUUUUUAAAAUGGGGUUGGUUGGUGAAAUCCCACCUUCAAUGGGGGUUUAUUUGAAAAAUCAGUCUUAUCUUAGGCUUGAUAACAACAACCUUGAAGGUCUUAUUCCUGAGAAAUUCAAGUUUCUUUUGAAGACUGCUAAUGAGAUAAACUUGGAGAACAACAAUUUGAGUGGUAGAAUCACUUACACAUGUGGAGGAAGAGUUGGACGAAAGAUGUUGAAGUUGGGAGGAAAUAUGGGACUGUAUUUGAAAAUCAAUGAUAGUUGUUGUUGUUGUGAAAAUGGAGGCACAGACGACUAUGGUUCUUGA